AUGUCGUCCGUCAAAGCCACAAAGAAGAGCGCCUUCUCAUGUGAGCCAUGUCGUAGGCGCAAGGUCAAGUGCGGCGGCGAGCAACCUAUUUGCAAUCGCUGUGCUGCUAGGAGCGAUGACUGUAUUUACAAACUAAACCCGACUCUGUCUUACACUCAGCGACUUGAGGAACGCAUCAAAGAACUCGAGGAUCAACUUGCUGCCAUCAAAUCCCCUCCCUCUGUCGCAGCUUCAAAUCAUUCAAGUCCGGGCGUCUGGAACGGCCAUGACUUGAAUCGCCAUGCGGAUGAACAUGCUAUGACGAGGAGCUUCAUGGGUCUCAAGAUUGAUGACAAGGGUGGAAUUACUUAUCAUGGACCGACUAGUCUGUUCAACCUUCCCAGCGAUCCUCACAAGCAUAAGCCGGAUUCAAUAUCUUCUAUUGACUCGGAUGCUCAUAGAAGGGAACGCCUAGUCAACAACGCAUGGCACCAGCGUGCUAUGGAGAAUCUGUCCGAUAUCCCAGAACCCUUUCAGCCGGCUUUCACUCGCGAUAUGCAAUCGAUGGGACCUUAUUACUCUCAUACACUUCUUAAUGCUAUGCUUUCGCAUUCUAUCCGCUGGGGAAAAAGUGACCCCUCCACGAAACAAUUGUUGGAUCAAUCUUACGACGGCGGCGCGGUCUUCGCUAAACAUGCUAGAAGCAUGCUUUUCGAGGAGCUGAGUAAAGGUGUUUGCACCAUCCCAACAGUCCAGACGUUACUACUUCUCAGUGCGGGCGAGUGUGGCCACGGAAAUACCACACAAGCCUGGAUUUACAGUGGCAUAGCUUUCCGGCUAAUCGACCAUCUUGGAAUAUGCGUGGAUGGACAAAGAUAUCCUGGGUCUGUCCAUUUGACCGACGAAGAGGUUGAGAUUAGACAUCGACUGUACUGGAGUUGUUAUUUCUGGGACAAGAUCAUUAGCUUGUAUCUUGGUCGUUCUCCUUCCCUGCAACACACUCUUGUAUCACCGCCGCAAAUAAUCAUGGAUGACUCUGCCGAGAACGAACUUUGGGUUCCCUUCGAUUCCCCUCAUGGUUCAGACUGGAAAUACCCUCCGGCGACGGCUCACUCUACUUCUUGUUUCAUGAGCGCAUGCAGGCUAUCCGUUAUAUUCAACGAGAUUCUCAUUCAUAUGUAUGACCCGUUAUUGGAGAACACAGAAGCGGAGAUGCAAGAGUGUUUGCAAACUCAAGACCCUGCCAUGAAGCUGUGGUGGGAACAACUCCCGCCGUACCUGAAGAUCGAGCUCAAUGCUAUGCCGGAUUUAGCACCACCAUCGCAUAUCGUUACUAUGAACGCCCUGUAUCAUACUUUCAGAAUCCUCCUGUUCAGACCUAUGCUUUCUUGGCAAGUAUACCCAGAGGAAGAUGGCCCGCAUCCUAUGCAGAAUCAUCUUGUGGAAUGUGUUACAUCCGCGACAGCUAUCAUUGCCAUCUUCGACCUCUUCUGUAGAACUUUCACCAUCAGCCACUGUGUCCUGUCACUCUCUUACAGUGUUUAUAUCGCUGCAACUAUCUUUCUUCUUCAAGUGCAGGCCACUCCUGAAGAUCAGCAAGCAGUUCGCAAAUUGAACUUCUGCGUGCGUGCUUUGCAACAAGCUAAGACUGUUAAUCCAGUGAUUUCGAGUGCUCUGGAUCUGAUCACAAGAGAAAUGACCAACCUUGGUCUUACAGCAGGCCUCAAUACUCCGCAACAACAGCCUCAACCUGUACCGCAGCAGAUGCCGGAUAUUUCGAUGCCUACCGAUAUACCGAUUACCGAAACUAUUUAUCCGCCCACUUUUGACAUCCCUGCGCAACAGUCGCCUUAUGAGCCCGAACAGCUGUUCCAGACACCCUGGGCCGACAACAUGAACCCGGAUGCUAUGGCAGUCGACCGUGGAGUCUUUGAAGCAUUGUCAACAUUUGAGCCACUGAGUGUGAGGGUAGGCGCAAUCUAUGAAUCGGGCAACAAUCCUCAGAACUUCGGCUAG